AUGUUACACUUGAACCUUGCAACUUUUGUGGAGCAAACUUGGAGGGAUUUACAUUUCUCAAGGUCAACUGGUUUCAUUCUACAAAGAAAAUUGCACACUUUCAAGUUGGCUCUAAAAAAAUGGAGUAGAGAGGUAUAUGGUAAUGUUUUAUCCAAAUUACAAGAUACUGAAUACGAGCUUCAUCAAUAUGAUGUGAAAGCUGAAUUUAGACCUUUGAAGGAGGAAGAAUUGAAGCUGCAAAGAGAGAAAAGAAAUGAAAUGUGGUUGUUGAGUAGGAAGUUGGAAUGGGAAUGGCUUCAAAAAUCUAGGCUAGAUUGGAAUAUGAAAGGAGAUAAAAACAUAAGACUCUUUCAUGUCAUGGCUACCAGUAGGCAAAAUAGGAACACUCUCAACUCUAUCACAGUGGGGGAUGUUGUAUUUGAGGAGCCAGAUCAAGUGCUUAAGGAGGAUGUGCUUAACUUUAUGAAGGAUUUCCAUAUCAGUGGUAGAUUAGUCUCAGGUUUGAAUAGUACUUUCAUUACUCUGAUUCCAAAGAAGGAGAAAGCUGUUACUCUAAAUGAGUUUAGUUCUAUAAGCCUAGUAGGUUCCGUGUACAAAAUUCUCUCUGAAGUCCUUGCAUCCAAACUUAAAAAAGUCAUGCACAUAGUAAUUGGCGACUCACAAUUAGCUUUCCUGGGAGAAAGGAAUAUGCUAGAUGAAGUGUUGGUUGUGAAUGAAGUUGUGGAUGGCUAG